GUCUUUUAUGCACUUUUCUCAGCACAGUGGGAGCAGCGAGCUGUCGUUUGCAGUGCACCGAAACUGACAGCAAGCGUUCAGAUAAUCUGCUACCUUGAGUUCUUUAUGUCAGCCAGAUAUGGUCAGGUACGGGGUUAAUAAGAAAUCAAGAAGAUUAGCACACUGUCGCCCGCAGCAGCCGCAGAUCGAGAACCCUGUUCGCUCGCGCGCAGUUCUGCGCUUCCGUUUCUCCUUGCGGCUAAAAACCGGACGGCUAACGGCUAUGCUAAAGCUAACUGUUAAUGAACAGCCAGUGUUGUUGUCUUUCUUCUGCUUAUCCUGGAGACAAGUCCGUGCAAUAUCGACACACAUGGAAAAGAUGGCACGGCGGUAAAUUGCGAUAUGAUUAUGUCGAAGAAUAAUGUCGAAAGUUCUGUUUUGUAUUGGAGACCGUUGUCUGUGUUGAUCCCGUAAAUUGCGUCUCUCUCUAUCUUUUUCAUAAUGUAAAAAUAGCGUUGAGUUGUAGCUCUUAAACGGAAUUAACGGCGGUUUGGCGUGGUUUAAAAGUUAUAUGGAGCCUAGAGACAGAAUGAUGUUGAGCUGAUGGGAGUUUUACACAUGAAACUCGGUACAUGUCUCAGAUUGCAUGUCAUUGCUAGUUUGGAUCGCAAAACACAAGCAAUUCUUAUCCUCCUCCACACACCCAACGUUAGAAGAUCAAGGAUUGUAGCCCGGUAAGUCUUAGCGUUGCAUUGUCCUGAUUGUCCUGUAUUUGAUUUGCCUGCAACAUGUUAUAAAAUCUCUCUUUCUUCUGAUGCAGUUUCCCAGCUGCUGUCAGAAAGGGUCAGUUCCACUCUAGUUGCGCGCUAUAUGCUCCCACUGCGGCACCCCUGUGUCUGCGGCCGUCUGGCGCAUAAGAAAACUUUAAUGGUUUCCCUUUAUGUAAUUACGAAAGAUUCAUACGCAUCGACGCAGUUUGUUGGCGGCGCAUGUGGGUGUUCAAACUUGAUCUAUGGCUCUGAUGUGUUGUUAUCUUGGGCGUUGUCAGGGGAUGAGAGGAGAGCAGGUGCUGGGCUCCUGGCUACAGACUUGGUGACUUCCUCUUUGGGCUCAGGAUGGCGCAAGGAGGGCCUCAGCUGGACUAUCACAUACUGCAGGACCUCAAGCAGCGCUUCCCAGAGAUUCCAGAGAAAGUAGUGUCUCAGUGCCUUCUUCAGAACAACAAUAAUCUGGAACUCUGCUGCCAUCUGCUGACUCAGGAGAGUAAUCGAUACCUUUAUGAGGAGUACCACAGCCCAGAUGAGGUGCACUUGAACCGGAAUCACAUGCUGCGUAUUAGUGUUGGUUAUCCUGCCCCCGAUGGAGCUCCAAAUAAUGCUUGCGGCCGGGCUUUGGUCCACAGUUCCAGUGACGGUCACAUUGAGCAUCCGCAAAGUGGCUUCCCUGAUCCUCUCUCCGCCCCUGCUACCAUGGCUCCAUCAACAGCCUUUAAUCCCUUCUUCGUGAACGAUCAAGGACGCUCAAACAUCCCCACCCCUCCGCCCAGCAUCCAGGGCAUGUCACCAACAUAUCCCCCUGUUGCACGUUACAUGACUCCCAUAACAGUUACCCUCUCCCAGAACAUCCCCUCUGUGCCCCAGGCACUACAGAUUCCUCCUGGUGCUUAUUGUAACAGCGGGAACACCGUGUACAUGCGUCCCUCACCCUCUCAGAGUCCUCAGCCUAAUCCCUGGCCCACGUCUGGGACAUCUGUGUACCAGCAGUCUCCUUACGCCACUCCAACGUAUCAGUCUCCGUACAGCUCUCCCCAACAUCAGGUCCAGCAGCCGCCCCAUGUGUUUCUUCCCAUUAGUCCCCCCACACUGUCUGGCCUGUCUUACCAACAACCUCCAACUGUGUCACACAGGCCCUUCAUGUCCUCCAAAGGCCCAAUGAAGAACCAGAUAGAGAUCCAACUGGAGGCGCAGCGACCACGCAGCAACUCCCCUGUACAUACUCCAGCACUCUAUAUGGCUACCAGCCCUUCCCCAAGCUCCCCAUCUCGCUCCAUCAAUAUUACCGGACUCCCUGGGGCCACCAUUCAUCAAGGAAUGUAUGUUCACCAGGGUGUGGCUAGGCCCCGGCCUGCAUCUUCUCCCCAGCCUGCUAGUUCUGCCUUCAUCAAGAUCAAAGUGUCCCCUGGACAGGCACAGUAUUCAUCAGGCUCUCCACCAGUUGAGGCAGAAUCCCUCCUCAAUAUAGUGGACCAGGGAGAGCGCCAUGCUGCCCCUCCCCCCAUCCUGCCCAUCUCUGCGCUUCCAGGGAACAUCUCCAGCCAGUUCAACCGCAUGCCUAGACGAUCCAGUUCUGGCUCAGAUGAUUAUGCAUAUACUCAAGCACUUCUGUUGCACCAGCGUGCACGGAUGGAGCGUCUGAUAAAAGAGCUCAUGCUGGAACGGCAGAAACUGGAGCAGUUGAAAGCAGAAGUGAAUGAAAUGGAAUUCGACGCCCUGCAGAGACGUAUCAGACGAGUGAACAGCUCCAGUCUGAUUUCUCGCCCUGAGGAGAUGACCAGAAUUCGGUCGCAAAACAGACAGCUCCAGACUGGCAUUGAUUGCACCAUUAAGGAGACAGACCUGCUGCAGUCUAGAGGCAAGAUUGACGUGAGAGCGAUGAACAAUUUCUAUGAUCAUAUUCAGCCUGGCCCUGUUGCGCCACCCAUAAGAGUUAAACCUCCGGUCGUGCAAAGGGACGAAGAUUACGAGGGAGCUCAAUGGAACUGUGAAAGUUGCACUUUUCUUAACCACCCUGCGCUGCACCGCUGUGAAGAGUGCGAGAUGCCACGCAACACUUGAGCCGUAUAUCCAACUUUACAGCCACCCCUCCUGACAGAUCAUUAAUUUUCUACUAAUCUACUGUUCCAUCAUACAACAUUCAAGCCCCGCCUACUAUCCAAUGAUUUCUUCUCCAUGUGCCCUCAGCUUCACCCAGCAAUAACUGAGCCAUACCCAAUGAAGAAAGACACCUACCUACCCUAGUUCAAUAUUAUUCAAUCAGAUCCUACCCUCUUUCACCUCUUGAGGAGCUUCCUGCACUUGUUUUUUUUCUACUAGAUGCUUUAAAAGAGGAAGACGGGGAACUUUACAGAAACUAACAAAAGGGAUUGAUUGGAACUAGAGUGGACUCGGUAGUGGUUUUAGGAGGAGGAGCAGCAGCUUCCAUAAGUAUGUGAGGUGUGGUUUACUAAGAAACCAUUCCAAACUGAAUAAGACCGCUGUGUUUAUACACACACACACACACAAAAAGCCUGAACAAUCCUGCGCACAGGGCUUCUCUCCCAGCAAGUUCUAUGUAUUAAAGAGUUAUUUUAAUGUAGACUUUACACUGUAUGUGCUCACCAUGGGCUCUUCUCAUUGAAUGAAGAACACUACACGACCUGCAUAUGAACAUAUACCUGGUACUUUUAUGCAUAUUAUGCCACACUGUAUUGUGUGUUUAAGAUGUUGAUUUCUUGCGCAAAUGCCUCAAGUUGCUGUAAAUAAUAAAGGAUCUGAUUGUAC